AUGCAGCCGCCAGAUUUACGUUUUAUCGUAAACCGCACUAUCUUGAAGUACUUAGUCUGUAGUAGUGAUAUUUCUCGAGAUUAUCUGGUGAUGCUUGAGUAUUUUGAAAGUUUUGGUCAAGGUAUUUUCGGUGACGAGAUUUUAUCGCAGAUCAUUAAAGACUUUCCUGGUGAGCUCACAGAUGAAUUGUUACUUGUUUUGUCACCUCCACAUCUGCGACAUUUGAAACUCACGAGGUGCAGCCGGCUGUCCUGCAGUGGACUUCGACAAGCCAUCGCUAAGUAAGUUGAUGCUCCCAACCUGAGAUAAAGGCGCGUUUGUUUGUUUGUUUGUUUGUUUUGGCAUGUGGAAAAUAAUCACUGAAAUCAUUCGAAGAGGGAAUGAUCGAAGGCUACGGCACCCUGAUAUGGGAAAUUGACAGCAGGCGUGCGACCGAUAUUCAACAGGAGGGAUAAAAUACUAGUAGUUGCAAUUAUAAAAGUGCCUAUAGUAUCCCCUUCUACUAAAAUCCAACUAGUGGUCUAUUAUCAAUGCUGCGUUCUGAUUGGCUGAGCUACUACUAGGCUAUAUGUUAUAGCCUACUAGUAGCGAAAAGUGCCGGCUUUGAAAACCAAAACAAUGGCGACUGAAUUGCGUUUUGCUAGCUAAAGUUGUUUUGUCUUGAUAUGUUUGACUAACGAGUUGGAUUUUACUAAAACAAUUAUUCCUCUUGCCUUCAUGGCCUCCGAGUCAAUAGCUCAUUCGGCCUGCGGCCUCAUGGGCAACUGACUCAGAGCUCAUUCGGGCUCGAGGAAUAAUUGUUUAUUAUUCCUCACGUUUCCACAGUAGAGACCUUUAGAUUCUAAGACGAGUACGACAAUGAGUAGGAGAUUUCCUCAAUACUAAGUAGUACUUGCAUGUGAACCAGCGUCAUUUUAGUGGGAAAAGGUAGUAGCUGUCAUCAUUUUACCACGACUUUUAGCGAAAAUAUCGAAGUAGCAAAAACAAGUUAUCAAAUGUUAGAAGUUUUAUCAUUUUGCGAUCAGGAAAGGAUGUAACCUCCUUCACUAAAGGUAGCAGUGCUAACUUUUCUAGUGAGAAAUGGAAAAAUGAAGCUUUGUGGGGUGUCUUUAAUUUGAGAAUACCUGAAAAAAAUUUUAAGUCAAAUCUCGAACUUGUAGUCGUCCUUGUCCUUGAAUCUAAAGGUCUCUAGUGACCAAUCAAAUACAAAUACUGGUAGAGUGGAGAGAGGCAGACUUGAGUUAUGGUUUAGUAAACAGUAAGCUUCCUUCAAAAUUAAUGCUCUUAAUACGCCAUAAAUAAGACUUAAUCAGGACAAAAUAAUGAUCUGACUUUGUGGCAUCUUUAAUGUUCCCAAGGCAUGCCGGGGGUGACUGGUAUACCGUAUUUACUCAAUUAAAUGCUGCCCUCGAAUAAACACCGCAGAUGGAAGCAAAAUUAGCAAUAAACGCUGCAUUGAAAUUGCUAAAAAUUUAAUAAAUGCCGCAGAAUUUAAUCAAAAUAAUGCGUUAUUUUUGCUUAAGUGCUAGUCUCAUUUCAUGAUCAUUGGAAUGUUUCUUACAGAUGUCAUCAGCUUCAAGCACUUGACUUCAGUGAAUGCAUUCACCUCCUUCACCCAACUGUUUUCUGUUGUCUCAAGGACAAGGCAGUAAACCUGGUGUCCUUGUCUUUGGAAAACUCAGAAGUUGUUUCUGAUGACAUUGUUCAGGUAGGAAACUUGGGUGUACUGGCCUAAAUUUUCUUUGGCUUGGCACCACUGGUUUACCAGACACUGGACCUGUUCCAAAGAGGACCAAAAUGAAUUUCAGGCAAUUUUGUUUUCAGAACUGGGAAAAAAGCAUACCCAGCUACUGUAAGUGGCAAUUAAAUGCCCAUAUAGACCAUGUGUACAACUUCUCACCCCCAGAAUGAAGAGCAGGGAUGUUACAGGCUAACCGCCACCCGGUUAGCUCAGUUGGGAGAGUGCCGGUCUGCUGAGCGGGAGGUCACAGGUUCAAACCCCGGCUGGAUCAACACUCGGGGUCUUUAAAUAACUUUUGCAGUGACAUCUGCAAACGGCUAGACUUUCUAGUCUUCUGGGAUAAGGAUGAAAAACCGUAGGUCCCUUCUCACAGCACUUACACUUAUCUGGUUCUUGUGGGACGUAAAAGAACCCACACUACUGUUUGAAAAGAGUAGGGGACGUAGACCCUAGUGUUGUGGUCAACCUUCACUCACCACAUCAUUCACAUCAUGGGUUGGGUGGGUACAGUAAGCUCACAAAUGGACUGAGAGCAGCUGCCAGUGGCCCCUUUGUAUGCUGACGUCCGAGCUUACUGUUCACAUGUUAAAAUGUAUCGUAAGAGGGCAGGUCUGUUGUCCUCUCAUCCACGACUCUUCAAUUUCAGCAGCUGAAAAAGAGCUCACCAUCAGCUCAAAUUGCUCUGGAAAUCAAAGACAUGGGAUAAUUUUGAAGGUGCAGCUCAGAAAAAAAAAGCCUGCCUACCUGUAGCUCUAAUCUUAAGCUACAUCCCUGGUCAGAAGAGACCAACUAAAAUGACAUAGUCUUUUUAGAGCAAGUUAGUGCUUGUCCACACUAGCAAAAAGCUGUUUAUUUUGAAAAAUCUCAAUUUUCUGUGCUUUUCUUGUUAAGCAACUGUUCAGUUGUCACUAAGCCAAGUGAUGUUUUGACAGAUGUGAUGGCGUGUUAAGAGUACAAGACAGUGUAAAUAGUUUCCAGUGCGGAUAAAUUAUUUAUAAAAAACAAUUUGUGCAACUAGUCAAAAUAUUAACCACCCAAGUGUAGUGAAAUUAGAAAUAGAUAUUAAGUACAACUAAAAACUGCCAGAAAAGAAUCUGAGCCCCCAGUGGGAAUCAAACCCAUGACCUUCCAGAUUCUGGUGGGACGCUCUAACCACUGAGCUAUGGGCAACUCACUAUGAUUCCUACCGAUAUCUGGAAGAUCGUGGGUUCGCUUCCCGCUGAGGGCUUGGAUUUUUUCCAAGCAUUUCUUAGUUGUACUUAAUAUCUAUUUUGAGGUAUUAUUAUUAUUUUUGUUAUGUUAAACCAGAACACCAUGCACACCAGAAAUAUUUCUGGCAUGUUAUUGUGUUACAUGGAAAAAGCCCAUUUGGUGUAGUUUUUUGGCUUGCUCACCUGUCCUGAUUGUGUGGUUUACUUGUCCUUUUUUAGCCUGAAACUUAGGGUUGGUGGAAUUUUAGUUUCUGUUACAAUGUUCUGAUGGUUUAAAUUAAUGGAUAUUAAGUCUCAGACUCAGACAAAAGAAGUGAAAAAUAAAACUGGUUUGAAAUUACAAAUGAACCCUUAUUAAGUCGCCACCUUCUAUAUCAUGAAAUUCAGCCAAAUUAGGAAAUUACAAAAUGCCUAUUAAAUUAAGAGAAACAUAAAAAUAACCACUUAAAAUUUUAAAGGAACGUUAAAAUAACAUAACAGAAACAACAGAUGCCACGGUUGGGCAAAACUGAAAAAGACUGAAAUGGAUUGAAAUUAGGAUUUUUGAAAACUUGAUCCCUGUUGCUUGCAACUUCAAAAAUAAUGCUCAGGAGACAUAUUUGUUUGUCUUGGAUCUCUGAUUUUGUCAUUUACAUGUAAUUUCUUUGCUUACUUUAAGUUCCAUAGUGAUUGAGGGUGAGUAAUUGGCAAAAUUAAACAAAAUGAACUGGACUGACACAGCCCCUUUAAAAGGCAGGUAUCAAAGUCCCCAAAUAAACUGUAGAAAAGAAUGGGAAAUUAAACCUCUGUUAAGUGGCUAGGGCCACUUUUUGGCUGUCCCAACAAGAGUUCUACCAUUUUGACUGUUCUCAUCUCUAUUAAGCGACCAUUAAGCUCUUGAUACUCUUAGUUUGGCUUUAUAAUGAAGGACGAUACAGUCAUAGAUGGAAGGUGACAACCGAUAACGAAGUAGUAAUGCUACUCCUGUUGUGUUUUUUUUUUCCAAAAAAAAAUUUACGUGAUGUUUUUGCUAAAGAUUAUUCUAACUUAUGAUGAACCUUUAUUGAGCGGCCAAUCUCCAUUGAGCAGCCACUUGCCAAUACCCAAGUGUGGCCUCUUUAUAGAGUUUCAACUGUAAAAAAACUUAAUUAAACACAUAAGUAAACCACAAUACUUAUUACAAGUUAUUUUUGUUAAUUUAUUAUGAAUAUUUUCAUAGGUGGCAUUGAUCUGCUGUCCUCAGUUAAAACACCUCAAUCUUUCCAGCUGCAGACACAUAACUGAUGCUGCAUUUGAGUUGUCCAGGCCUGAAAUGAAGAGUGAGUCAAACUCAACCUUAACUACAAAUUCACUAGCAUCCAAAAAUGUAAUUCUUCCUGGAAGUAAGCUAACAAGUGUGGAUAUAUCAGGGUGCCAGUCUCUGUCAACUACAGCUGUGAAAUAUCUUGCAAGCAUGUGUGGUGCUAACCUGAGAAGCAUUAAUCUUGCCUGCACAGGAGUUAAUUGCACAGCAUUGCUGUACCUUGCAGGAUUAAAUAUGGAAGAGUUAGGAAGAAUUUUGCAUGAUGCUGAUCAUUCAUUGGUCAAUUCCACUGCAGUGGGAAGUUAUAUUUCUUCUGAUAACUGCAGUGGUCAACUGUUGACAUCAACAACUGAUGGUGGAUCCUCUGUCAUGCAUAAGCAAAGUACAAAAGGCAACGACCUACAUUUAACACACCUGCAAAAUGUAGAACAGAUGGCUUUUAGUAAAGAGAAUGAACUUACAAUGCAUCAUGAACCUACAAGUAUCCUGUCAGAAGACCUUCAAGGUGCAACUUCAAAUGAUAGCAUUAUUUCAGAAACUGUCAUGGAUUGUCAUGGCUGUGAUGAAACUUUGUUGAAUGAAAUUGAGCUGUCAACAUUGAAGGAUGCUAUUCCAAGUAGUCCCAAGUGUUCAAUUUGUACAGCAUCAGAGAAACGUCUAGAGAACUUCAGUGUAACAGAAUCUGAUGGAGAGAGUGAUGACAGUUACAAAACAGCUUCUGAAGAGUUUGAUCUCAUAACCUGUUUUCCUCCACCUCCAGGAGAAAUUAAUUUUCGUUGUAAGGAAACUCUAGAAGCUGAAAGUAGAUGUUGCACUGAGCAUGAAAAUGGUGCUGAUGGUGCAUUGUCAGUGGAAACCAGGGAUUGCGAAUCUUUUUGGAAUACUCCAGCUGGAAAUUCUUCAACAUCUAACUUGUUGGAAUUCAAUGAAUCUUCCUGUAAAGAGGCUCAUGUAUCCAACUCUGAUACUGUGCUGUGUUGUUCCCAGGGCUGUCAAGGGAGCAUCAAAGAUGUUGAGGCAAGAGAUCCUGCAGAUCUUUCUUGCAAACAUUUUCAUGAAGGUGGAGGUGAUGAAGAAAUUUUUGAAGAUUGCUUCGGUGAGGAGAGUUAUAUCUCAAAUUCUUCCAAAGAGAAAGCGGGCAAGAAAUAUGAUGCAUGCUUCCAUCAAUCUGUAGUUGAAAAAAGCAGUUUAGGGAGCAGUUAUUGUAAUACCUGUUUUAGUGAUGCAAAACUUUCUUGUAUGACUGCUGUAAAUGAAGACAAACCUGGUGUGACAUUUUGUGAGAAAUCAAAACAAGAGGAGGUGAAAUGUGUUGAAUCUUGCAACAGCACUGAAAGGGCAGAUUCCACUGAUCUUCAAUGCCAAACUGUACUUGAGAAAAUAACAGAUGUGAAAUCAGAUUUUUGCAUCAUGCCUUGCACAGAAAUGGAUCAUAAAGACAUGAAGGAAUUACAUGUAGUGGACGACAGAGUUGGGUGCAAUUUUUGUGGAAAAUUACACAUAUUACAAGGAGCAGAAUCAGAUUGUCCUCUCAAGCUUGAUGUGAACAAAACAGAUAAUGGAUCUAGACACCUUGUUCAUGAGUUGUGCCAAAAUUUGUCUAGCUCUUCAAAGCUAUGGGUUGAUGAGAAGAACAGUGGUUUAGGGCAUGCCAUCAAACCUUGUUGGGAAGACACAGGAUUUUUAACACCAGUUGUUCCAUGUGAGAAUGUAACAGAAAACAAAUUACACAGGCCACGUUCUGAGAUGGAACAAAGUAACUUUAGAAGUUCCAACUUUUUGCCAUCCCAUAGGAAAGUCCUUCAAGUUAGCGAUUUGCUCCAAGCCCAGAUCUAUCAGCCGCAAAUCACAAGUCUGGACAUCAGUGGUAUAUGCUAUCAGAACAAACCCUUAGGUGUCGUGUGUUUGAAGGUUUUCUCUGGAGCCUGCAAUCGUUUGAAGAAUUUUGCAGUUUCAUGGACUGGACUAGAUGAUGAGAUGCUGACCUAUCUUUUAAAGAAUGAGAAGGAACUGGAAACAUUAUGCUUGGUAUGAUUUACAAUUACACAGCACAAGGCAAAAUUUUCCACAGGGUUAUGUGCCCUCCUCUUUCUGUACUUCUGUUCUGUUCUAUGGACCAAACUCCUACCCCCUCAAUUUAAAGAUCCUGAAAACGUUUGGAAAUGAUAUGUGAUUUUCAGCUUUUUUCCAAGAAAACUAGUUGUGUAUAUUUCUUAUGAGCUUAUGAGUGAAAUGCAUGGGAGAAAAUGGCCAUGUGCUUACCUGCUGGUGUGAUUCAUUUGUUAUGUCUACAUCUCCACUCCAUUACUCUGAAGACUAUUGGCAGUCUCCUGAUCUAUGCCUUUUCAAUACCUACUCUUACAAAAAUCUUUUUCAAAUUACUUCCUGUAGAAAUUUUUAUCCCUGUUACAUUAAUGGCCAGACAAUGCCCGGUAAAUAGGCCCUUAACAGCUAGAUAUUCAUGGGUACAAAACCCCCAUGCUAGAGAGCAAGAGAUGCCCUGUGAGAAGACAAACACAAAAAAAAUACCAUUUUAAUUAAUUGGUUAAAUGUAAUUUAAGUAAGUUAACCACCACGAGCUUAGCGGUCAAGUGGUCCACGAGCUUAGUUGUCAAGCAGUUCAUGAGCUUAACAGUCAAGCAGCUCACAAGCUUAGCGGUCAAGCAAUUCACGUACUUAGCGGGCAUCCAGCACUCAAUCCCCUAAGUGCAGGCUCACAUGGUACGUGGUUGCUUUGUACGCUGCCAGGAUCUCUGAGUUCUUUUGCAGUGCCCUGUGGAGUGGUUGCUUUAGAGUCUUCCCCCCACCUCCCAUCCCUUAUUUUUCUUCCUUCCACUGUUUCAUCAGUGUGACGGGUGCCUGGAAUGGGGGCUCAUGGCUGGGUUGUGGGAAUUUGCCAGCUAUGGGGGCAGUGUUCUAUCUAGGGGCUGGCUGGCCACAGUGGAAGCCCCUGGGUAUCCCAGGCUCCCACCUUCCACUUAACCAAGGCAGUUGGUUAAUUGAUAUGAGCUCUUUGUUUGGCUUGUCUCUCUCUUGCUCUCCAUCUUGGCGGUUUUGUACCACGUUAAUUACUAGCUGCGAAAGACCAAUUUUACUGCAACUUGUCAUGUACUUGAUUUUAGGUUGACUGUGAAAACCUCAGCAGCAUCUCAGUGAGUACUAUUCCUGUUCAUUGCCCUAAGCUCACCAGUUUUGACCUCAAGGGAAUGUGUUAUGUGACUGAUCAUGGAGUCAUGCCAUUAACAAGAACAAAAAAUCUAGAGACACUUAGUUUGGCUGAAGCUACUAUCACUGAUUCAACAUUACAGAGUAUUGCUAAAGGUUGUGGAGAAAAGGUACUAUGCGACCAUUUGAUGUAGAUUUAUUAUCCUUACUGGGCGCAGUCUUGCCCUAUAGGAAUGGGCAUUAUUAGGACUCAUAGGUGGUUCUAUUCAGGGUCCUCUCCCCUCCCUUCCUAAUGCCAUUAGUUGACUACUGAUGAGGAGUGGAGCCCAGGAGUGGCCAUUGCCAAAGAUUGUUUUUUGUCUCUAGUCUGUGUAUCCAGUUAUUAUAUUUGGUUAUUUUUUGUAACGCAUGAGCUUCCUUCAAAUUUCUCCCCUUCCUCUUAAAAAAGCACCUGCUACACGGGCUAUUUAGUUCCUGGUGCUCCCUUACGUCCCACAAUUAAGUCGCGCUAGAAACGGGCCUAUGCCUGUUCGUCCUUUUAAUGAUUUAUUCGAUGUGGCAGAAUUAACUUAUGCAGUCAACGACUUUCUUUCUAAAGCAUGUCUAAUAUAAUUAGUGACCACCAUAAUGCAAGAUUUUUAAAAGUGAAAUUGUAUUGUUGUGAAUGUGAUCAAGCCAAAGCAGUAACAUGUCAAGUGAAAAAACAAUGUUUUUGCUAGCGACAGAGUCAGAUCCGGAGUCGUAAUCAGAAGUGUAGGACUUAAGGAUCUAGUGAAAGGGGCGUUCUGAUUCCGCUUACGUCUCCGUCGUUAACGAUCUAGUGAAAACUGUGUUGUCGAAGUCGUAAGCAGAAGCAGAAUAACUAAACCAAUCACAAAGCGUGGGAACGUGCAUUGUAUGUGAUUGGUUUACCCUUUCGCUUCUACUUCCGACUCCGACAAUCUGGUUUUCACAUAGAUCCUAAAAGACGGAGUCGUGGCGGCGUCGGAAGAAAGUGGAAGCGUUCUGUUUCUUCCGACUCCGAUUCCGCUGCCCUUAUGACUUUGCUUGGAACUCUGAUUUUUGAUUUUCAGAAGGUCAUAAGCGCUCUUACAUGCUGUACGACUCCGCUAACAAUGCCGACUUCGACUCCAUCGCUAGUGAAAACCAGCCUUCAGCAAGUUUCUCUAUCCUUUUCUCCCCAGUUAAAAGUUUUAGAUUUAUCAUGGUGCGAAGACCUCACAGAUAGUGGAAUGUCGAUCAUAGCAAAUGGCUGUCCCUUCCUCCAGCAUCUUAGUCUGCGUCAAUGCUCGGCUUCAACUUUCACUCUGGAUGCGCUGGCAGCUAAUAGUCGUCACAUGUCGUAUCUAAAUAUUGCUGGAAUUGAUGGGUUAACAGAUGUUGCGCUUGGUAGCAUGGCUGAAAACAUGCCAUUGCUUAAGGAAAUAGAUGUAAGCUGGAAUUCCAGUCUGUCGGACGUAGGUGUCAUUGCUCUUUUACAAUGCUGCACAAAGCUGAACAAGGCUGUGUUAUGUGGUUUAAAGCGAAUCACUUCCCAACCGUUUUUGGCUAUUAUAGGAGAUUUAGGGCAGUGGUUUCUGCUCGAAGAACUUUGUAGAUCCAAUAGACGACCUCUGAGGAAUGUUAGCGAAGGAAAACUGGCUCUAAAAUUCUGCGACACGGUAAGCUCAUACUGUAGUUAUCGAUGUCCUUGCUCAGUCGUUUUUAAGCCCAGGAUGAACCUCAAGAGAAGCCACUGCCAACAGUUUCAUCCCUCUCUCGCCCCACCCCAGUUUUCAAGUUACGGUAAUCUAGCAAACUUCGUUCAAGAUUUGGGACCGCUUUUGUAACUAUAUUUGUAACUAUAUGGUUAGAAGUUUGGGUCCGAAGGCGGUCAAAUUUCAGCCUGUUCAAGGCUCCUAGAUAGGGACGCAGUGCCCCCACGGUAAAUAAGGUCAAACGAACUGGACAAGAUGGGCGCAAUCGCUGCAUGUAGCCUAUCUUCGAGUUUGGAACAGGCCAGUCAGUUCUGCAUGGUAGACAGGUACUGUUGGUGAAAACAACUAUAAAGUAGGAUUGAUUAAGUGCAUGGAGCAUCUGUUCAAAGCCCACCUAUGAUAUAUUUUCAAAUGUGUGAAAAAAGUCCUGGAAUCAGGGAUGUCCCCUCCAGUACAAUCGUACUCUUUUGCCAAUUUUUUUUGCGGCAAUUAGAAAGACAAAAACUCAAAGCCUGUUUAAUAAUAUACGCACCAAGCCAUUGAAAAUCCCAAAAGACUCCCUUCUUUCUCCUAAGAGCACUUUCCUUCCUUUAACAUAGCACUCUUUGUAGUAUUAGUUAAUUGAUUACCAUUUUCUUUCCCUAGGAAACAGCGAAAUCCCUGGGGGACCAGAUACCGCAUCGAUCCAUGUCUUACGCCCCAUCGUUACGGCAAGUCCUACUAGAGUACAGCGACAAAGUCAACGACGAUCAUCUGUCAGCCAUUGUAGCAGUUUGCAGAGGAACCUUGUUUGUAUCAGAUUAUUAUGCGCAGCCAGUAGAACCGAGAUGGAUAUUUAAAUAAUGACGUUUUUCACGCCAUGCUAUGCUUGAGCUAACGUCAAAUCGUGCCAGAGUGUUAUCCUUGUCGUGGGAUAUCGUGUCAGUCCAACUGUAUUUUGGCGAGUCCUUAAGGCGUGUCAAAAUGCAAGAGAUGAUUAGCAUAUCCCACGAUACUAGACACUGAAGUAGUGUAGUGGGGACCGGUUACUCCUUUUUCAAGUUGAAUUUCAUUAGUUUGAAGUGGAGAACAUAAACACCGAUGGCGUCAUAACCUUUUGUCUUUAUCUCCUGAAUCAAAUGCGG